UUCCUGAUAUUCGGCCAUGGUAAAGCCAUUCAUCGGAUGGACCUUGAUGGGAAGAACCAGAAAAGGCUUGUGGCUGGGGUGGGAAGUUCUAUCCUGCUUGAUUUUCAUUUCAGAGAGGAGAGAGUUUACUGGGCUGACAAAAAUACUGGGAUCAUCUACAAAGCAUCAGUGAGAAGAGUGCACAGACAGAAACUGUACUCAUCUGACAAACAUAUAUCAGGCCUUGCAGUGGAUUGGAUCUGGAACAGUGUAUAUUGGACAAGCAGAGAAAAGGGAAAAAUCAAGAGAAUGGAUACAAAUGGAAAAAAUGAAAGGACACUUUUAAGACACUUGUCUCAACCAAGUUCUAUAGCGAUUGACCCCAGUGAAAGGUUGCUGUUUUGGCUAUGUGGUGGGAUGACUCCAAGUAUCCAGCGGUUUGACAUGACAGGACAGAUGAAAACUACACUAAUAAAGAUGGUAGAGCAACUGAAAGCGCUGUCGAUUGACCGGGAGGACAAAAGACUCUUCUGGAUUCAGUUAGGUCUGCAAGAAGAAAGUGCCAUUGCCUCUUGUGAUUACAAUGGGAGCCUCAUACACAUCAUAGAUCAGCCACUUCGGUCUUAUUCACUGGGAAUAUCAGUUUUUAUGGAGCACGUAUUUUACACUGAUGUUGCAUCUAAUGCAAUAAAACAAAUAAACAAGUACACUGGGGGAGAGCCACUCAAUGUCAACACAAAACGAAUGGCAAAACCCCCAAUUGAUGUCAAGGUGGUACAUCCUCUCAACCAGCCAAUGGCAGACUCACUAUCACCAUUCACAGGUUGUGACAAACAGAGUGGCAAAUGUGUCAAUGUGUGUUCGAGUCUAGCUGAACAAGGGGUUUGCCAGUGCAGUGAAGGCUUUGCUCUCAAUAAGCAAGGCACUCAUUGUGAAGAUGUGAAUGAGUGUGCCCACUGGAACCACGGCUGCUCUCUUGGCUGUGAAAACAUCCCAGGCUCAUAUUUCUGUACCUGCCCUAAAGGAUAUGCCCUCCUACCAGACAGGAAGACUUGCCAAGAGAUCAUACCAUGUGAAGGCAAUACUACCAAAUGUGGCUAUGGAUGCCUGGCGAUAGGCGAGAGUGCUGUCUGUGUUUGUCCUGAGGGCUCUGUGCUAAAGGAAGAUGGACAAACCUGUUCUGGCUGCUUGUCUGCAGACAAAGGUGGUUGCAGUCAGCUCUGUACUACAGUCACCCCUAGUAGGUGGCAGUGUAGUUGUCUACCUGGCUACCAGCUUCACCAAGAUGGCAAGCACUGCACUGCUGCUGGACCACCACCGUAUCUUCUUAUUGCCAAUCUAGUGGAUGUACGAAGGAUAAACCCCAAUGGCACUGGGGACCAAACCCUUGUGGAAGAGCCCAGAGGAGCAAUCAUAGCUUUGGACUACGAUCCUAUCCAGAACAAUGUGUACUUUGCUUGUACAACCCAAAAGACAAUUGAACGGGUUGACUUGAAUGGUGGAUCCAGAAAUGUUGUUGUCUCUGAGGGGCUGGGCUCUCCGGAGGGACUGGCGAUUGACUGGAUUCACCGCAAGAUGUACUGGACUGAUAAAAGGCAGUCAACUGUUGAUUGCAGCACUUUGGAUGGACUGAGCAGACAAACGAUUGUAAGCAAAGGGCUUGAAAAACCAACCGGGGUCGCAGUUCAUCCUCUUGCAAAGAAGUUGUUUUGGACCGAUAUAGGUGCCCAGCCUGUAGUGGAAAGUGCCUCUUUGGAAGGCAAAUACCGUUUUGUCAUUGCAAAGACCAACCUUGUGUCACCCAGUGGCCUGACCAUCGAUUUCACAGAGGAUCGUCUGUUCUGGUGCGACCAGAGGAGGGGCCUGGUAGAGACUGCAGCCCUGGAUGGCUCAGACCGACGGGCCCUAUUAGAGAACCAAGUAGGCCGACCUUUUGACCUUGCUGUAUUUGAGGACAGGCUAUGGAUCUCUGACAGGGAGCACCAACAGCUGAGGAGCGUACACAAGAGGACUGGGAAAAAACUGCAACGUAUCCAUGGCAACCUGGUCCAUCCAUCAUCCAUUGUGGUGGUCCAUCCCCUUGCUAAACCAGGGGCGGACGUUUGCCUUAAUCAAAAUGGAGGUUGUGCCCAGGUGUGUGAAAGCAGGCUGGGAUUUGCCCACUGUUCCUGCCUGUCACCUUUCAUCUUGUCAGCUGACAGAAAAGGUUGCUCUCCAGCCAAUGCCUCAGAUGGAACAGCAGAAUCUGGAGACACUGAGUCUGUCGAUUUAACAUCUCUCAAAAGCAAAACAUUCAAUGAUGAGAGCACACCCCUGACCACAACCACGCUAUCAGCUGAUAAAAGGGGAACUGAUUUUGACUCUGAUGUAGACAGUGACCGGACACUCUUCACAGACAAGAUGAUUUCAGACCAGAAUGAGUGUUACUCACUCCGCUGUGACAAAAAUGCGCAGUGUCACCUGACUGCUGGAAGCCAAACCUGUUUAUGUCUAGAGGGUUUCAGAGGGGAUGGACAGUUGUGUGUUGAUAUUGAUGAAUGUAAAUUGGGAACACACAACUGCGACAAAAAAGCAGAAUGCCAAAACACAGAGGGGAAGUAUAUCUGUAAGUGCCAAGUUGGAUACCAAGGCAACGGACAGACAUGUCAAGAGCUGGAGACGACACCAUCUUGGAUAACAACCAGUAGGCCAGCUGAUGUCAACGGGCACCGAAACAGUAAUUCAGUGCAGAGUUGCCCCUCCUCCCAUGAGUCUUACUGUUUGUACGAGGGCAUCUGCUUCUACUUUCCUGAAAUGGAGUCCUACGCCUGCAACUGUGUAUCAGGCUACGUGGGAGAGCGUUGUCAGUUCAGUGACCUGGAGUGGUGGGAGCUUCAGCAGGCUGAGGAGGAGAAGAGGAGAAACGUGGUCAUCGCGGCCUGCAUGGUGGUCCUCAUCUCCCUGCUCUCCAUUGCCGCCUGUGUCACGUACUGCUAUGGAACUAGAGGACUCUUCCGCCAGCAGCCUUCAGUGGAUAAUAUGAGUGAGACCAGUGUGACAGAUGAGAGCAUGUCAGAGACCACCACAACCAGCGUGCCUCGGUUCUACAUGGUGGUAGAAAAUGGUGUGGAAGAAAAAGUCCUUCCUGCAAUGGGCUGUCCCAGAAGAGCUGUCUGUCCAUCCUGCUCUUCAGAGACAGGUGACAACUCGAUGAUGGAAGAGACAGAUACAUUAUCGAAACACAACCAUGGGUAUGAGUGUUCCAUGGUGUCAGCUGUUGCCAUGGAGAGCACACAACACAGCGUCCAUCACACAAAUCAACUGUCAAGCCCGUAUUUGUGUACGACCUUCAAGCCAGCACCACUUCCUCAGACUCCCAGAGCAGAGUCUCCUGCGUCCUAG